CCUUUCUGGGGAAACACUGUCAAGACCAACACUUUAAAAAAUUCCAAUACUCUCCAAACCAAAAUUAAACCUUCACAUAUGAAAUUCAGAUCCUUAGCACAAAACCCGUGUCUAAUGUCUUCAUGAAUUUGGUCUAAAUGGAGAAAUUUGUGAUUUUUUCGUUUCUAAUUUGUAUAAUUAGUAAUGGGUUUUGCGAGGAGUUAAAUCAAACAGCUGCUCCAUGGAGAAUUCAUACUUUGUUUUCUGUUGAAUGUCAAGAUUAUUUUGAUUGGCAAACAGUAGGUCUCGUUCAUAGUUAUAAGAAAGCUAAACAACCAGGACCAAUUACUAGACUUUUAAGUUGUACAGAUGAAGAGAAGAAGAAGUAUAAAGGAAUGAACUUGGCACCUACUUUUGAGGUUCCUUCUAUGAGCAGACACCCUAAAACCAAGGAUUGGUAUCCUGCAAUUAACAAGCCAGCUGGAAUUGUGCACUGGCUUAAGUAUAGUAAAGAUGCACAGAAUGUGGAUUGGGUUGUAAUUUUGGAUGCAGACCAGAUUAUAAGAGGUCCAAUUGUUCCCUGGGAACUUGGUGCAGAGAAGGGGAAGCCUGUUGCUGCAUAUUACGGAUACUUGGUUGGGUGUGAUAAUCUUCUUGCCCAGUUGCACACGAAGCACCCAGAACUCUGUGACAAGGUUGGUGGCCUCUUAGCUAUGCAUAUUGAUGACCUUAAAGCAUUGGCUCCUAAGUGGUUAUCAAAAACAGAGGAAGUACGAGAGGACCGUGCACACUGGUCAACCAACUUAACUGGUGAUAUUUAUGGCAAGGGUUGGAUCAGCGAGAUGUAUGGAUAUUCAUUCGGUGCAGCAGAAGUGGGGCUUAGACACAAGAUUAGUGAUGAUUUAAUGAUCUAUCCGGGUUAUGUACCACGUGCUGGAGUUGAGCCUAUACUUUUUCAUUAUGGCUUGCCAUUUACAGUUGGAAAUUGGUCUUUCAGCAAACUAGAUCAUCAUGAGGAUGCAAUUGUUUAUGACUGCAACCGUCUUUUUCCUGAGCCUCCUUAUCCUAGAGAGGUUCAAGUGUUGGAAGCUGAACCAAAUAAAAGGCGCGGCCUAUUUUUGAGCAUAGAAUGCAUUAACAUUUUAAAUGAGGGUCUUGUGAUACACCACGCAUCACGUGGGUGCUCUAAGCCAAACUGGUCAAAGUAUUUGAGCUUUUUAAAAAGCAAGACUUUUGCUAAUCUUACUCGGCCAAGAUAUUUAACUCAUGGCAAUCCACGAAUUGAGAAAGCUGAGGUACAGCAGUAUGCAUUUGACAACCCUGGGAAGCCAUACCCAAAGAUUCAUACAGUUUUCUCCACCGAAUGUACCACAUAUUUUGACUGGCAAACUGUAGGCUUUAUGCACAGCUUCCGUUUGAGUGGGCAGCCUGGAGAUGUCACACGGCUUCUCAGUUGUACGGAUGAAGAUUUGAAGCAAUAUGCUGGUCAUGACCUAGCUCCUACUCAUAAUGUUCCAUCUAUGAGCAGACAUCCUUUGACAGGCGAUUGGUACCCAGCAAUCAAUAAACCAGCUGCUGUCCUUCAUUGGCUUAAUCACGCAAAGAUCGAUGCUGAAUACAUAGUUAUUUUAGAUGCUGACAUGAUAAUGAGAGGCCCAAUUACACCAUGGGAGUUCAAUGCUGCACGUGGUCAUCCAGUGUCAACCCCUUAUGACUACCUUAUUGGCUGCCACAAUGAGCUUGCAAAGCUUCAUACUAGCCAUCCUGAUGCUUGUGACAAGGUUGGCGGUGUAAUUAUCAUGCACAUAGAUGAUCUACGUAAAUUUGCUCUUUUAUGGCUGCACAAAACAGAGGAGGUACGAGCUGACAAAGCUCACUAUUCAAAAAAUAUUACUGGGGAUAUUUAUGAGUCUGGGUGGAUCAGCGAGAUGUAUGGUUACUCCUUUGGGGCUGCAGAGUUGAAUUUGAGGCACGUGAUAAAUGAUAAAAUAUUGAUAUAUCCGGGUUAUGUUCCUAAGCCUGGUGUCAACUACAGGGUGUUCCAUUAUGGAUUGCAAUUCACUGUUGGAAAUUGGAGUUUUGAUAAGGCUAAUUGGAGGAAUGUUGAUAUGGUGAACACAUGCUGGGCCAAGUUUCCUGACCCACCAAAUGCUUCAACACUGGAUUUUACUGAUACAAACAUCAUAAGCCGUGAUCAGCUAAGCAUAGAAUGUGGCAGGACACUAAAUGAAGCUCUUCGUUUGCAUCACAUAAGAAGGAACUGUUUGGACCCGACAAGAAAAGCUCCGCAGACAAAGCAAGAGAUUAUUAAAGAAGUUACAUAUUCACGUAGAAUCGGCAGAAUAGAUGAAAGAAGAGAUGUGGUAACAGAUGAUACACCACCACAGGACACUAGGACCAGGGAAUCAACUCAUCCUAAUAUAACAGAUCCCAUAUUUAGUUCUUUCAGGUUUUGGAUUGUGGUUCUAUGGGCAUUUUCAGUGAUGGGUUUCUUAAUAAUCGUGUCAAUGGUACUUUCUGGGCGGAAAGGAGAAGGACCAAGGGGUAAGGGUAGUCACCAUAGAAACAAGAGAAGAGCUUCUUACUCUGCCUUCCCAGACACUACAGGUAGGCAUGAUAAACAUCCUUACAAUAAUGCUUCUGAUAUGCUCUUGUAAUUGUAGAAAAAUCCAAAAGAAAAUUCUAGUAACAGAGUAGACGAAAAUAGUCAGCCUCUUAAAUGUGUGUGGCUGGGAUUGCCUUAAACUUUUAGAAGUUCGUUGGGUGAAGAGCAGAAGAGAACAGACAAAGAUUUACCUAUGACAUCGCUUUUAGUUUCCAUGUAAGAUUUGUUCUCCAGUUAAGAUUUGUUCUCAUUUUUCUUGUCGAUAUUUUACUUACUCAUUGUAGUUCAAGAUUAAAUUUACGGGAGAUAAUUUUAGCUGUGAGUUUUUAUUAA